UGCCAAUGGCUUGGCUGGAGACGCGUCAACGUCAUCGAAUGAUUUGAGACUUGUCGAUUUGGCACUCUCUCACACAGCUGGCACACGCGAACGUCAUUAUGAACGUGCUCAACGACCAGGCGAUUCAAAGCGUGCACUUGGUCUCUUCGAGCAGGGCGCAUUGAGACAUCUAAGCAUCUGA